AUGGAGCAUAUCAACCAACACCCAGACAAAUAUGAGCCGGAAACCGAUUACACCAUGGACUCUCGCAGCCAUGAAUCCGACAACACAAUUGAGGAAAUCGACACCCUUGAGCUUACCCGUAUCAACACUUAUCGACUCCAACAGAAAACAACCGUAGGCUCUACAAGAGGCCCUACUCCCCGUGACAAAUGGCUUCCUAUGGGGGCCAAUAAAGAGUAUCCACCUCUUCUUCCAGAUUCUGAAGGCUAUGUCGUGGAGUUUGAUGGAGCCAAUGAUCCCUUACAUCCAUACAAUUGGUCCACAACUAGACGAGUAAUUCUAGUUUGCAUCUUAUGCUAUGGCACAUUCGCCGGAUCGUUUACUAGCGCUGUAUUCUCGGCUGCUAUCUCUGGAUUCAGCAAAGAGUUCAACACAAGCGCCGAAGUUGGCGCACUUGGAGUGACACUAUAUGUCCUUGGCUUCGCAGCCGGGCCAACAAUUUGGGCACCAGGAUCAGAACUGAUCGGUAGACGUUGGCCACUAUCUAUUGGACUGUUUGGAUGUGCCAUCUUCACCAUCGCAUGUGCAGUUGCCAAAGAUAUACAGACCGUCAUGAUCUGUCGUUUCUUUGCUGGCAUGUGCUCAGCUAGCCCCAUCUCAGUCGUUCCCGCCGUUUUUGCAGACUUGUUCAACAACACUCAACGGGGUGCCGUCAUGUCAAUUUUCUGCAUGGCCGUCUUUAUCGGGCCUUUUUCGGCACCAUUUGUGGGGGGCUUCAUUGCAACGAGCUCUCUGGGUUGGCGAUGGACGAUGUAUAUCUCUGCUAUCAUGGUCUUCCUAGGCUUUGUCCUAGUCUUUGCCUUCCUAGACGAGACUUAUGCUCCAGUUAUUCUUGUCCGCAAGGCCGCCACCCUGCGCCGACAGACUCGCAAUUGGGGCAUUCAUGCAAAGCAAGAUGAAGUGGAAGUGGAUAUGAGGGAGCUUCUGCGAAACAACUUUGCACGACCCAUUGUGAUGUUGUUUACGGAGCCCAUACUGCUCCUUAUCUCAUUGUACAUCUCCUUCAUCUAUGGCCUCAUCUAUGCCCUGUUAGGCGCGUACCCUGUUGUCUUUCAAGGUGUUUACGGGAUGAGUAUGGGUGUCGGUGGACUUGCAUUUAUGGGAAUUAUCAUCGGCGAACUCCUUGGCGGUGUUUAUAUCCUCCUGAUACAGGGGUCAUAUAGGAUAAAGCUGGCGGCAAACGGUGAUAAGCCCAUCCCUGAAUGGCGCCUUCCACCUGCGAUCAUAGGCGCUGUGUUGUUUGCCGGAGGAAUGUUUUGGUGA